AGAGAGAGGCUUCAAACAACACCACGCUUCCUUCCUCCGUGGGAAUUCGUGCUGCAAACAAAACUUCUACGUGAUCGCAAUAUUAAAAAAAACAAAACUGCUUCAGAAGACCAGAAGCAAAAGUUGGCGCGAUAAUUCGCCUCGAUUUAUUUAUCGGCGGUAUUUUUUUUCUCCAAAAAGCAAGAACCCAAUAAAGGCUGCUCGCCCGCCUCGACCCCGCUCGCUGGAUGUGCGGACGGCGCGGCGCCGGCUGACCGUGCGGGGGCUGCCUCACCACCACAACAGGGGGAAGACCGUCUGAGAAGUUGCUGUUUGCUCAGGGGUUGCGGGGCUCGCUGGCUUCUCCCUGAUCGAGGAGGAUGCUGCUGGACGGAGGACCGCAGUUCCCGACCCUGGGGGUGGGCAGCUUCGCCAGGCACCACUCCACCGCCGACAUGUCGGACAGAGACCUGGGUUUGGCGCAGAACACCUUCGUCGACUCGGCCCACAUGGGCGCUUUCAAGCUGAACCCGGGGGUUCAUCACGACCUCUCGGCUGCAGGACAGGGCUCAGCCUUCAGCUCGCAGACUGCGGGGGGCCCGGGGUACGCGGCCGCAUUGGCUCCUCACUCCGCCCAUGUAAGCUCUUACUCGGGCGCAGCUUUCAACUCCACCCGGGACUUUAUCUUCCGCAGCCGCGGCUUCAGUGACUCGGGCCCCGGGGGCAGCCAGCACGGCAUCUUCGGUCCCUCCCCGGGGAGCCUCCAUCACCCACAUUCGGACUCAUCGGGGCACAUCUUGUUCCCGGGGAUUCACGACCAAGGGGGGUCCCACCAGUCCCCAAACGCUCAUGUCCUCAAUGGGCAGAUGCGCUUGGGCCUCCCGAGCGAAGUGUUCGGUCGAUCGGACCAGUGUCCAAGGACUGACCCUUACGCGGCAGCCCAGCUCCACCACCACCACAACUACGGCCACAUGAAUAUGAACAUGGGGAUGAACAUGGCAGCGCAUCACGGCCCCGGAGCCUUCUUCAGAUACAUGAGGCAGCCCAUCAAGCAGGAGCUCAUCUGCAAAUGGAUAGAUCCCGAGCAGAUGAGUAAUCCCAAAAAGUCCUGUAACAAAACUUUCAGCACCAUGCACGAGCUGGUCACCCACGUCUCGGUGGAGCACGUUGGCGGACCCGAGCAAACGAACCACAUCUGCUUUUGGGAGGAAUGUCUGAGAGAGGGGAAGCCUUUCAAAGCCAAAUACAAACUGGUGAAUCAUAUCAGGGUCCACACGGGAGAAAAGCCCUUUCCCUGCCCCUUCCCGGGCUGCGGCAAAGUUUUCGCGAGAUCGGAGAACUUAAAGAUCCACAAACGCACCCACACAGGUGAGAAGCCAUUUAAGUGUGAAUUUGAAGGCUGUGACAGACGCUUCGCCAACAGUAGCGACAGGAAGAAGCACAUGCAUGUCCAUACUUCAGACAAGCCCUAUCUAUGCAAAAUGUGCGACAAGUCCUACACACACCCAAGCUCUCUACGGAAACACAUGAAAGUCCACGAGUCCUCCCAAGCCUCGGAUUCCUCGCCAGCUGCCAGUUCUGGUUACGAAUCAUCUACUCCCCCGGUCCUGGUUUCUCCAUCCACCGAACCCCAAAACAACAACUUAUCUCCAGCCUCCUCUGCUGUGCACAGUAACGGUGGCAUUUCCUCUAAUUUUAAUGAAUGGUACGUUUAGAUAUUGCAGGUCCAAAUGAGAAAGAGAGUGAGAGAGAGAGCUCAGCGUUUGUGCUGAAUUAAUUAAAAAGAAAAAAAUAAUUUAAACAGAACUUUCCCUAAAAUGUGUAUAAAAGGAAAACGGAGAACGCUAUAAUCAUCAUAUAAGCAAUAGUACCAGAGAUUUCGCUGAAGUGAAGAUCAAAUGUUAUUUAUGUCCUACUGAACAAACCUUUUGGGUAUUUUACAACUUUGUACAUAAGGAAUUGCUGCCUAUCAGCUGAAUGAUACCUGGGAUUCUUGAUGUAGAUUGUCCAUUAAAUGGUAGCUAUGGAUUUCUUUCUCGAGGUGACACACAUUUCCUAUUAGCGCACAAAAUGGAAACAAAAAGGACAAAAUAAUGAUUUCCUUCUCGUUGUAUUUUAAUGCUGAAAAUCUAUGUCACCUUUUCAGGGCGACCGAUUGUAAAACUUCAUGAAAUCAUAUAAAAUGGAAACUGUGCCAAAGUCAAGUUACAGUUCACAAACACAGAAACGCAGAUAAUUGCUUGUGAAUGUAUUUUUUUCCUGUUAGCUGGGGUUUAUCUCGUGAUGUUUUGUGCUUUGCAAGUUUGAAUUGUGAAAUACUAUUGGAAGAUUGUGAAAAAAGGUUGUGCCGUUAACUUUUGUAACAACGAUAUUCAUUCUGUAAAUAACCGCGUUACCAUAUUUAUCCAUUUGUAAUUAAAUUAUGGUAUUAACUUGCUACAGAUGAAACGAUAUUUAUAAAGAAUGUUUCUUAACUAUAAAUAUGUACAAUUGUGAGUUAAACAUGAAAUCAUUCAGAUUUGUUUUUUUUAUUUCUAGAUAAAGAAUGUUUUUCUCAUUUCUUGUGCGAUGUCCUGAGAUCAUUAACAGCAUACAUAUAUAUAAUAAAAUGUGUUGCAAGUGUAAA